UUACAAGAGAUACUGGGAAACUAAUUCUGAAAACCUCAAAAGAUCCUGGUGGGGAAAUGACUUUUUCUUCUGUUUCCCUUUAGUUACCAGAUGCCUUUGUAGAAUGUUUGCGAACCUUGAGAAUGAGUGUCAGAGCAGCUGGAGCUAAAGUAGUAGCAGAGAGAAAGAGAAAGUAGGAAUGCUGCCACCUUUUGAUGUACAGUUCGUGUGUCGCCGUCAGCCAGCGGGUGUCGUGAGGUCAGAGUCGUCAGGUGUGUCGCCGUAUACUCAGGUGUUGGGGUAGUUUCAGUUUGUAUCGCUGCUGAUUGUGUUCCGGAGUGUGUCUCAGACUCAGUUUCUUGGAGAGGCUGGCAUUUCAUCAGCAUCAACUCAGGCUAGCAGAGGACUAAACUUUCUUUGUGGGAGGAUGUCCAGCUUUUAACUUUGGCUAUUUUAGUAUGGUAUUUAUCAGGUUUAAAGACACAAAGGUAGAAUACUGUAAGACGUAGAGAGCGAUUUUCCAAGUGCCUUGGAGGAGACUUGUGUUUUCACCUCUAUGUACAUAGUUCACAUACAAAGUUCAGUCCCUUUUCUGUCUACACUGACGCGGCCUCGUGUGAUGAUGUAGCCGUCAGACACACCUGCGUGCCCUGUUCCAGUCACCAACCAACCAAGACGCCUGUAGUGGCGAAGCCACCUGCUGAAACCAUAUAGAGGGACUGAAUUUAGUAUUCUGUAUUUCUCGGAAAGGCAGACUUUGGUUGAAACUGUCGGGUCGACCAGCUUCUGACCGUGAUCUUCGCUGAACGACGAUUCUAAAGCUGACCACGAUUUGUAAAGAACCAGCGGAGGGCAAGAUGAAUUAUCUUCACUGGCUAGACUACGUCGUCAUUGCCGUAUUGUUGAUUGUUUCCCUUGGCAUCGGGAUUUUCUUUGCGGUGUACAAGGGCGGCCAGAAAACAAAGGUGGGAUAUCUCCUAGGCAACCGUCAGAUGUCUAUGCUCCCAGUUUGCCUGUCAAUGUGCAUCACCUACCAGUCGGCCAUCGCCUUCUUGGGUGUACCUGCCGAGGUGUAUGCCAAUGGCACGAUGUACCUGUACCUAGGCUGUGGUAUAGGUUUGUCCUACAUCGUCAGUCUCUUCACCGUGGUGCCUCUCAUGUACCCACUGCAAAUCACCAGCGUCUACGAGUACCUUGAGCUGAGGUUCGAAUCUAGGUGUGUCCGCCUGCUCGUCACCAGCCUCGGCAUGCUAAAGGCGAUUCUUUAUAUGGCGAUGGCUCUGUUUUCGCCAGCUAUAGCCCUACAAACAGCUGCUGGUUUGCCUCUGUGGGUGUCGAUUGCUAUUCUGGGUGGCAUCUGCACUUUGUACACAGCAGUGGGAGGCAUUAAGAGCGUGGUCUGGACAGAUGUCUUCCAAACGGGCGUUUACGUCAUCGGCGUCGGCACUGUUAUCGUUAUGUGUACACUCCAUGUGGGCAGUUUGACGCAGGCCUUUCGCCUUGCCUCGGAAGGAGGAAGAAUAGAGUUCAACCAGAUUAACCCGGAUGUUCGCGAGCGUCACUCACUGUGGGCCACUCUUAUUGGUGGAUGCUUCACGCUGUUUUCGGGUUUCACACAGUCGAUUGCUCAACGCAUCAGUUCCUUGAAGACACUUAAAAAAGCCAAACUAGCCUUCCUUCUGAGCGCUCCUAUCAACCUGUUGAAUGAAUGCAUAUUGACUCUCAUGGGGGUCCUGCUCUACGCCUAUGUCGUCACAAUCGGGUGUGAUCCCUAUCAGGCGGGUAUCAUCGAUAACAGAAACCAGAUGAUACCAUACUUCGUCCCCAGUCUGCUGGGUAGUUUGCCUGGUAUGCCUGGUCUAUAUAUGUCUAUGCUGUUUAGUGGUGCACUCAGCACUCUGUCUUCUGGUAUCAACUCCUUGGGUGCCAAUACUGUGGAGGACCUCCUGGCACGACCUCUAAGAGGCUACAAGGACGCCACUGUCACUGUCAUUGCUAAGAUAUCUGUGCUGCUGUUUGGAGCUCUUGGUAUUGGUCUCGCAUACCUCGCCCGCUCCCUACGUGGUCCAGUCACACAGAUUACCAGUACGAUUGUUGGAGCCUGCAAUGGUCCGAUCAACGGCAUAUUCUUUAUGGCAGGAAUGGUUCCCUGGGCAAAUAAAUAUGGCGCCGUCGGGGGUGGACUCAUCGGCAUCGCCGUCAACCUGUGGAUAACUGUUGGCUCCUUGCUGUACGGCGCCCCUACACUUGCCUUACCCCCGGGGCCAACUCACAACUGUUCAGGAAAUAACAGUUACUCGUUCUCCUUUUAUAACCUGUCUACGGACACGAAUCCUAACAGCAACAUCACAAACCUUUUUCACUCACAGCGGGCCGACACGUUCUCCAUUUAUGACAUUUCUUACCUGUGGAUUGCAGUCAUCGGGUUCUUCGUAACCUUAAGCACUGGAAUCAUUAUCAGCUUCAUCACAGGCUCCACAAACAAGGCUACUCUCAAUCCAAAGCUGGUAUUCCCUUUUACCAGGAAGUUGUUCCGCAUGAAGGAACCUUCACAGGAGGCAGAAGAUUCCUCUGACGUGCUAGUCAUGAAGACCUACCAAAACCCGGCAGAGAAAUGUAUCGGAAAUACUGACACCAUGGAUGAGGAUCAUCUCAGUGUCCAGCCCUUGAUGUAGAUAGUGCUGUAAAUCGUCUAUGCACCGAAAUAACACAAGAGACUUCAUUGUUAUUACUUUAAUUUCUUUUCGUUGUUUUUGUAUAUUUCUUUCUUAUCAAACAUGACCCGUUUCUCUGUUCUAUCUCAUUUUCUCUUUCUGUUGUCACCGCCUAUCAGUGUGUACCUAUAUGUCUAUCAUUAUACUUCCAUUUACACAUACACAGAUUUAUAAGUAGUAACAUUGUCUAUUGAGUAGCAUGGUAUGGACAGCUGUGUUUAAUUAUACACAAGGAAACUGCCUAGUCCAAAUUAUAGGCCUCCUAUAACCAUAAGAUCUUAUAAAUCAAUAUGCAAAAUUUCAAUUUAUAAAGAAACUUAUACAUGUCUCCCUAUACUCUGUUAAAGUUACAUUCGCCUUUUCUGACAAGGAACAUUACUCUGUUUCCUAGGCAUACAAUACACACAGAUGUCUGCACAUGUCCAUCCCUAGUAGCAUAUUUCUACUAUUUCAGCUGUCUGACCUGCAAGUAAGCCAACGGGUGUCCAUAACUACUCUCAGAAAGCUCUGAUUUACAACUGCAAGCUUGCAUAUGGACUUAUUUCCACACUGGCACACAUACUAUUUGAUUUACAUGUAUACACUGCUACAUUUAAGAUAGUCACAUCAACGUAAAGUAUCUAUUGUUACAGAAAAUAUAAACUAUUCUCUGCUAUAUUGAAUAGGGAGUGUUUUUUGCUUCAGCUAUAAUAUAUAUUUUGCUAUGGACAUCAGCAAGUCAUCGUUUCCAAUUGAUAGAUAAGCUUCUACCCUUUGAACAUUAGGUGUUUUCCUUUCAAAGAAUCUCAUAUGGACAGGUGAAUAGAUUAUGCUGUUCUAUGACAUUGGUUUUUUAACAAACUGGACAAUCUGGGUGAGAUGCUAUAGAUGGACCAAACCAACGUUAAUAUUUUUCUGGCUGCAGGAAAAAAACACUUAUAUUUUGUGUCAUCCUCGAUUUUUUUUUUUCUUUCAGCUUUGGUUAAAAAGCAUAACAAACGGUCUUUGAAUUUUUAUAGAAGCAUAUAUUCAUACCCCACACCAUUCUCACCAUUCUUUCAAAAAAAAAACAAAAAAAAAAACAGAGCAAAUUUCCAUUAACAGAAUCAAAGACUAAUUAAUGUCUAGAGCAACAACACUCACCUUCUUAUUUUAUAAUAAGUGUUUCUGCAAUAUGUCAAAGUGAAGAUAUGUAAUACAGUGGAACCUCGGUUAGCGAACGCCUCGGAUAGCGAAUUUUUCGGUUAACGAACAAAAAUUUCGUUAAAAAUUUGUCUCGG